GCUUCCCUUCCUGUGUGUGUGUGUGAGAAAGAGAUCUAAAAAAUGGCAUACAAUCUUCAGUCACUCAUCACUAUCCUCCAACAAAUUCUUGAUCCUGAAGAAUCACUUUGGAUUGUUGAUCGCAACAAACCACAACUCCAGUCCCUACUCCAAAAAGCUGAAUCUCUGAUGCACAUUCUUGAAAAGUCUUCACUCACCAAUAUACUACCAAGUAAUUUGGAGAGCCAAAUCAGAGAUGUUUCAUAUAAAGCUGAAGACAUUAUUGAAUCACGCAUGGUUUCUUCGAAACUUAUGCAAGACCGGCGUUCUAAGUUUGAGCAAGUGGUUUCCAACAGCGUGAGCUUGGCCUUUCCAACACCAGAUCUGCAGCAAGUAACUCAAGAGCUGGAUUCUGCAAUGGAACAAGUGGUGAAGCUCAUGGAAGGGAAGAAGACGACUUCAUCAAAUCGUGCUUCUUUCUCUCAUGGUGAUGUGCAGCAAGUUGUAGAAUCUCUAAGCCUCGUGGAGGUGGAGAAAAAGAAGAUUCCGGCUGGUGCUCCUUUGUUGAGCUCCAAGAUCAAUUUGGUGGGAGUUGAUGCAUAUCUGAUGCAGUUGAAGGAUCGACUUACAAAUAUGCAGACCAAGCUGGAGAUCAUCCCUAUUACUGGGAUGGGUGGCAUAGGUAAGUCCACUCUUGCUCGAAAUCUUUAUGAUGAUCCGCUCAUCACUAAUCGCUUUGAUUAUCGUGGUUGGGCUGCAAUUUCACAACUUCCCAAUAUGCGAGAUAUUCUAUUAAGUCUUCUUCGUCGCCUAGACGAAAAGAUUGAUGAUGAACUAAGUGGAUGUAAUGAAAAUGAGUUGAAAGAUAUAUUGUAUAAGAGGUUGUUUGGGCGCAGAUACAUGAUUGUGUUAGACGAUAUAUGGAGUACCAAGUUCUGGGAUGAGAUAAGGAUGUAUUUUCCAGACAACAAUGAUGGGAGUCGUAUUAUGAUCACCACCAGGGAAUCUCAUGUGGCCCAAUAUGUUGCAAACUCUAAGAGUCUGCAUCAUGACAUGCAAUUGCUUAAUGAAGCCGUAAGUUGGGAUCUACUUCGCCAAACUGUAUUUGGAGAAGAGGAUUGCCCUCUUGAAUUACAAGAGAUGGGAUAUAAGAUUUCGAGUGAUUGUGGUGGGCUUCCUCUUGCUAUUCAUGUGAUUGGGGGGUUGUUGUCAAAGGUCGAAAGAUCAAAAGAUGCGUGGAAGCAUUUUUCGGCAAAUGUAAAAGCUUCCAUUGUUGAAUCCGAAGAGCAGUACUCCAAUAUACUUUCCUUGAGUUAUAACUACUUACCCAUUUACUUGAAACCAUGUUUCUUAUACAUGGGAGCUUUUCCAGAAGAUUAUAAGAUUAAGGGAUCGAGACUUAUAAGUCUAUGGAUAGCUGACGGAUUUGUGAAAUCUAAUGGUGGUAAGAGUUUGGAGGAAGAGGCUAUGGAUUACUUGAAACUUCUCGUGGAGAGGAAUCUACUUUUGGUUAGACGAGAAAAGUCCAAUGGGAAAGCAUUGAGUUACUCUAUCCAUGAUCUUUUGAGAGAUUUAUGCAUAAGGAAAGCUAAUGAGGAGAAGUUUUUACACGUUAAGGAUUCCAUGCGGCGUGUAAGUGUUGAGUCAUCAUAUGAAAUGGACGAUAUGUGUGCUUCACCACAAUUAAUGUCAGUUGCUCGAUCUUUUAUAUGCACUAAUGAUAAGAUUAAUAUAUCUCCGGUUUUAUGCAUGUUAAGAUUAGUUAGGGUGCUAGAUGUAAUGGGUGUGUUAUUGGAGGAGUUCCCAGAAGAAAUAUUACAACUUGUGAACUUACGCUACUUAGCUAUAAACUGCUCUUCGGGUUUACCUGAUGGAAUAUCAAGAUUGCACAAUCUGCAAACCUUGAUUUGUCCACACAAUAUGCCAUAUGUGACGUCUGAAUUAUGGAGGAUAUCUGAGCUAAGACAUAUUAGGUUGGUGAUGACAAUAUUCGAAAUCCAGGAGAUACAAUUUGAUCUUAAGAAGCUGCAGACGCUUUUCCAUGCGUGGGUUACUCCAAAGCUGAUUAGUAGUGGCUUUUUUAAAAGAAUUCCAAAUAUUAUAAGGUUGGGAAUCUAUUGUGAAGACUCACCAAACAUUGAAGUUGAUCUUAGCCAUCUCCGCAAACUCGAAAAGUUAAGUUGCCAAUCUAAUUUGAAUCAUGAUGGUAGCCGUUUUCUGCGUAAUCUCAGAUUACCAUUUCAUCUUAGAAAGUUGUCUCUUUUGGAAUGUGUAGUAUUUGAGAUUUUGUUGUCAACUCUAUGUGCACUACCGUAUCUUGAAGUGCUUAAAAUAUCUGAAUGUGUUUUUGAAAGUGUGGGAGAGGCCGAGGCAGAGGAAGAGUGGGAGGCUACAGAAGGAAAUGAAUUCUGUUCACUGAAGUAUCUACAUCUUCACUGCUUAAAUCUUGUGCGUUGGAAAGCUGAUGAGACAAACUUCCCUAGACUCCAGAUUUUGGUUUUAACCAAAUGCCAUAAGCUAGAGGAAAUCCCUAGCGCCAUUGGAGAUAUCCCAACUCUCCAAAAAAUUUAUAUAGCUGAAUGUGGCACUUCUGUAGCGGCCUCGGCACAACAAAUUCAGAAGGUGCAGCAAGAGGAGUACGACAACUACGACCUCCAAGUUUUUAUAGAUUAGAAGCCAAAAGCUCUCAUAUCGCUUGGAAUAUGCUCCUAAACAUCUGGUAAUCUGUUGGGUUCAGACACGAGUCACUAUGAUUGCAAUACUGAGUCCCCCACAAUGCUGGCGAUGAUUCUUGUUGUUACUUGCUUGUUCCUAUUUUCAGAUUGUGUUAUCAUUUUGUGUAUGAUUUUUCUGACUUGAACUUGGUAUGUAUCUCAAAGAAGUUUUCAUAGUUUUUGUGACUAAGAAAAUAUCAUAGAGGUACAAUGCAGUAGCAAUGUGGGAUUU